AUGCAAAUCCGAGGCUCCAUGCUCCUCCUCCGCAGACAGCACGCGUUAGGCUUUACCAUUUACAGCCACUGCCAGGGAAUGGAGCAGGGCAUGCGCCUGCGAGUGUGGGGCGAGUAUCUCAACAACAUGCGCUUCCACUGCAUCAAUAUCCGGGACGGCCUGAUCGCCUCACUCAAGACCCUAUGCUGGAGCUUCGCGGAGUGGAUGGGCAUUUACAAGGAUGACUUGCCGCGUGGGGUUGUCCUGCGCGCUACAGGGUCACUGAGACAGGCAAAUGAGUUGAAAGCUGCGAUUGAUCGUUUUGUCUACCCGACCUGGGAGGAGAUGGUUGCCAAGGAUGUGGCCAGGGAGCAGCCGAUUAAUAUUUCUGCUCUCACGAUCAAUCAGCUUGUUGGUGACUUGGUGGAUGGAGGUGCUGGAGUGAUUUCGAAUAACUGA